CCCUGAGUGCAUCGGAGUUUUGCCGACGAAAGUAGCGGUAUCGUCGCUGACCAGUCGCGAUUACAAUUAUCGUUGUCUAGGCAGUGUCACACAAUAUUUAAAUGAUUAAAGUUCCAUUAAAAAAAGCGCAAUAAUUUAUUCAGUGGAUGGGGAAGUUUAAUUGAGAUACAUGAAAUCAAAGUGUUGCGAAAAUCUUCGAAAGUCUUACAUCUCCUUAGAAUCAUCUCCGAUGUUAAUAGUUAACAUUUAACAAAAUAGAAAGGUUAUGUUGACGCAGCAGGACGCAAAAGCUUAAGAUAGAAACAGUUUUCAAAGUGUCAUUGACCGAAUAAUGGAAUAAUUAUUUUAAUUCAUCAUAAAAAAUGUUUUGUUUGAUAAAGAAAUCAUUCAAGAUAUUUAAUACAUAAUUACAGUAUCAAUAUAAAGUUAUUGAAGUGAUGAAGUGAAAUACGAAUACAAUGUUCGUAUGUUAAAUUAUUAAAGAAAUCAGCAAUUUUAAGAUGAUCAAUAAAUAUAUUAAAUGAAUUUCAAUGGAUUUUAUUGCUCUUAAACGGUUGUCAAUGUGUGAAUGUAUGUCACAAUAUCCGUGAUUACUUAAUGAGACAACAAGUGAAAGUUUUUUGAGAUUUAAAAAAAAAAUCUGUGAUCUACAGUGUUUAUGAGCGUAAAAAUAAUAAAACGCCUUGCAAAUGAUUUAUCAAUUACAAUUGUUAAGUAUGUUCAAUUUUGAAGAGUGAUAAAUUAUUCUGAUUCAGUUCUUGUGAACAUUUUAUACAAUUGUUCCAAGUUGGAAAACUUUCUGGUUAAUGUCAUUGAAAAAGAAAAACCGAGUAAAAACAAUACCUAACCUAUUGGACAAUUUAUAAGAGGAAUAAGCGGAGGGAAAGAGGAUGUUGCAGACGUGGACGAAUUAUCGGCAGAGUUGGCAUCUAUAGAACAGCCGAUAAACUUAAAAACUCAGCUGGGAAGUUUUCUGGAGAAAUAUAUUGUAGUUGUGUAUCACUCGAGUUAUUUGUAUCACGUGUGGGACUUACCGAACUUAGAUCUAGAAGACUGUGAAAUGUAACCAAAGAUUAUAAGGGAUGUCAGAAAAUCCGAUAAUCAGCAAUCCCGAAGAGGGUGAGAACUUUUCUCUCACCUCUGCAUCACCAACAGUUCUUCCGAAUAAAAGCCCAAAUGUUGAACGAUGUCGUAGUACUGACAAAAAACUUGAGCAAAAUUGUAAAGAUUCUUCUGAGUUUUCAAAAAAUGUCCAGAAAGAUGCAAAUUUAUUAACACCUCGAAGGUCUUCUCAGGAGUUUGAUGAAAUAAAUGAUUCAACAACUUUGGAAGACUCAAAUACUCCUCGAGCAUCUCCAUGUUGUCGAAGAAAAUCUGGACAAGAAGAGAUAUUGGAUAAAAUCCUUAAUACUGUACCAUCCGAAGUAAAACUUGACGAUGAAAAAAUUUCGCCUAAAAGUCCUGAAGAUACUUCGAUAAUAAUCAAUGAAAAAUGUUUAGAGCAAGAACAAACAUCCUCAAUAAUUUCUGAUAAUAGAAGUGAAGUUGAUGAUUCUGAAGUUGGUAUCGUUGGUCCGGCAACAGCUGCUGAAAAUGUCUUGAAUGAUGAAGAACUUUUAGACCCAUCAAAGGAUGAAAUAAGAGACAACCCAGUAACAGAAUGGAUCGAACGUUCUUCACUUCAUAAAUCUAAAAAUAUUCUAAAGGAUAUUUCUAUCCAGCAACAGCAAUCUACGCGGAAGUCUCAAAGAAUCGUGACAAGUAUCAUAAAACGGAGUAUAAAAUGUUUAAAUAAAAUGCAUGCCAUGGACUGUGGUACCACAACACCUGGAAAUGGUAAAGAUAUGGACAAAAAAAAAGACGAUGCUGGAGAUUCACCAAAGGUACCACAAAAUCGCCAAAAUGGAGCUGCGUUGCCAGAAGAAACUGCAACCGCGACUUCAGCCACAACAGGAGGUAGGGUUAAAAUUGAAAGACUUGCUGCUGGUGGACCAGUGAAAAAAGAAAACCACUCAGAUGAUGAUGAGGAUUACAUUGAGGUUAAAAAGAAAUCAAGAACAGCGGGAAAAGAAGCAAGAAAAAGACGCUCUGUUGAAGAGACAUUUUCAACUAACGGAAAUCCCAAAAGAACAUGCUUUGAACAGAGAGAAAGGUUCAUUGAUUCUCUUGUUGGCUGUGAAAGAAUCAGCGCUGAAGAGCUAGCAACUCGAGCUGAAGAAUUACGUGCUGAAGUUCAGGCUUUAGAUGAGCUUGCGAGAGCCAAAGAAAUGGAGUGGAAUGAAAUUCUAAGUAUGAGAAAACUUAAAGAAGAGGCUUAUUUAAGAGUAGAACGUAAAAGACAAGUUAUGGGCUUCCUAGAGAGUAAUAAUGGACAAAUGUCUGAUAGUUUACCUCCAGCAAGUCUUUCUUUGGUUCCUGAAUGGGAGGAAUCAAGACAAGAUAUGAGCCAAGAUCGUACUCGAAAUACUCAAGAAUCUGCAAAUAAUCCUGAAAAUAUUCACGAAGAGAGAAUGACUACAAGAUCGCGCUUAGAAGUAUUAAGAGAAAAUUUACAUGCCACUGAAGACGAUACUGUUUCUAUUGUCACUAAAAGUGAUAAUGAAAUAGCCAAUCUUAGCCAAAAAUCACAGAGAAGUACAUCAGGUUCAUCCUCAAAGCCUGGAGGUGAAAGUGGAAGGAAGCUAAGACGAUCGAUAGAACAACAUUUAGAUAACCGACAAAUUGGAGAAGGUAGACAGGGCCCUAUUGUUGAUGUUAAAUCAAUUAUUGCUGAUCAUCGUCUCAGACAUCCUGAAACGGUACCUAGAAGAGGUCGUAGAAUGAGAAAUUCUGUCAAUGUUCAUCUUGGGACUGGUGGUGCAAUGGUAGAAACAGGUCAUGGUGAUUCAAGACCAUCAAGUACUGAUUCUUGUAAAAGUAAUUCAAACAUUGGUGAUCAAAAUCCUAUGAGCUUUAAGGAUGUUCUUGUUCAAUUUGCAAAACUUAGUCAGCAACAAGGUGAACCUAUGAAAACUCCUCAAAAUUAUCCUGAUGUAACAUUACAUCCUGUCGCACCAUCCGCAGUUUCUAUAAAUUCUAAUGCCUCUUCUCAACAAACGGGAUCUCUUCUUCAUGGUAUACUGACUAAAAAUCAAUCUCCACGACCUACUACAUUUUCGCCAACUCUUGCCAGGCUUUUAACUGCACCUGAAAGAGAAAGGAACUCUUCAUCAUCAACAACUAUUGGUCAACAAGGAUCUCAAUCUCAGCAUCUUAUUCAGGCAUACCAAGGAAGCAACCCUGUUUCGAUUAGUGAUUUACUCUCUUCUUCCAAGGCCAGAACAGAAAUCACUAUAACUCCAGUGGUCAACCCUCAAAUACAAUCGGCUCAUCCUAACAAUGUUGUUCAUGUGGAUGAUGUUGAAGAAGAAAACUCGUUAGCAGAAGAAAGAGAUAGUAGGCGAGGGUCUAGUGCUCGUGAUAAUAGAGAAGAUAGAGAUACUCCACCACGAUGUCAAGGAUGUCAUGAACGUGCUGCUCAAUUUGUUUGUGCGGGCUGUGGAAACCAAUGGUAUUGCAGUCGUGAAUGUCAGGUUUCGGCUUGGGAUGAACAUUCGGAGGUUUGUUCCGGCUAGCAUUAAACAUUAAUUUUUUAAACAAUUCAUUGAAACAAAAAUUAAUAAAUAAUUAAAAAUAAAGAGUAAUGAGAAGAAAAUCCGAAUGAAUCGGAAAUGAAUCUAGUCAAGGGUAAAAGAGAAGUCAUGAAGUAAAAUUUUAUAUAAAAUGACGAUUGCUGUCGUCUUAUCGUUGACAAGGGUAUUAAUUUUAUUUUUAUGGCAUCCCGUCGACGAAAUUACCCAGACCAAGGACCACAAUAUCAAUUUUUUUCACUAAUGUUAUUAUUAUAUUUUCAAUUUGUCAAAGUUUUAUGAAUUUUUCUAAUUAUCAAAUAACAGCUACAAAACCUCAAUUACUUCUAUAUAUAAAAGCAAUUCACUGAUGUAUUUUUUACAUUAUUUGAAUUGUUUUUUUUUUCUAUUUUAUAAGAAGUGAGAUCAACCGGACGAAAAAUGACAUUUUGCAUUUCUGAGAUAAUGUUCUCGGUGUUUUCAGAAGACUUAUAAACUAUACACUUAUGUGUAGAAAUGAUUUGGAUUAUUUUUUUGUGGGCAUAUUCGUUACCAAGUCUAGAAACUAAAUAUAAAAAAAGAAAAUAAUUAAACAUUUAGAAAUUUGAUGAUACUGUCGGUCAUUCUUAGUUUUUAAUAAGACUUUUGUAAACUUUGAAUAUUUUUAGAUAAAAGAAUCGUUGCAGUUGGUGUUAUUUAUCCAGUAACAAUAAUUAUCUCAUAAUAAUUAAAACAAAAAUCAACAAAUACGUUUAUAAACUUUGAGACUAUUAACGAUUGAGAUGAAACAAAUCUGUAGCCUAAUGUUCCUACAAGUAUAAUGCAAUCUUAUAAAAAUAUAUUUUUUCCUUUUACGACGCUAAACCAAAAUAAAUUGAUGUUUUUAAUCCUUAAAUACAAAUUUGAUUUUAAUUUCCAACAUUUAUUUUUUACAAACCAAAAUUUUCAAUCAUCUUAAGUCAAAUAUAUGGUCAUUUAUUAUAUUUACUCAGAAACCUUUGAGCUUGUAAAUGUUUAAUGUUAAUCCAGAGGCAACAGUUGAUUGAAGCAUAAAUUUUAAUCAUAAAAUUACGCUGAGAAAAUACUGAUAUUUAUUUAUAUUGAAGGAGAAAAUUUUUCUAAAAUAAUGUUAUUAACAAAAAGAAUCUGCCAUCAUAUUAUCUUCAAUUGGAUAUUCACAUAGAAUAGAACACCGUUUUUAUAGUUUCAUUUGUUGUUGCUAAUAUCACAGAAGACUUUUCCCUACACUAAUAAACAUUAGAUUUUUUUAAUAUUAACAUUCAAUCAGAACACAAUUCGUUGUUAAUAAAUUAUUUUUAUUUCCAAUCGUCGAUAAAAUACAUUUCUGUUGAUUUUUAACAAUAAAAAAAGAACUAAAAGUUACUGCGGAAUGAAUGGAUUUUUUUUAAUUGAGAAAUUUUUUUUAUUGAUACAAUUCUACUAAAUCAAUUAUAAAAAAAAAUAAUGAAAAAUUUUCCUUCCUUAUAUUAGUAAGCUAGUGCAUUAAUUGUUAAUAAAAUGAUUAGAUUGAUGGCUUGCAACACAUAAAAAUUGUAUGCAGAGUUGUACAGAAUAAGUUCAAGCUUAUUCUCCACUUCAUCUUUUAAGUGUAAAACGAAAUUAUAAGAAAAAUACUGAUAUACUAAUUUAUAUAAAGAAAAAAUUAAUUUUUUGUCAUUGCAAUUGAAAAUAAUAAAAAAAGAAGUAAAAGUAA